AUGGCUCCCGUCACUAGGAGGCAGGAAAGACUUUCCUUGUUGGCGCUGAACGCUCGACGUGCAGAAGCUCGAAAAAUGAAAGCUGCGAUGCUUUCCCGUGAGGAAUCAAAUGGAGAAAAGCAGUCACAGAUGGCUAAGGAUGGAAACGACGCUUCGAAACCAGUGUGCUUCUUCGACGAAUCCCUUCUAGCCUGUGAUAUAUGUUUGGAAAUCAUGCAUAACGCAAUGAAUGUCUCUCCUUGCAAUCAUAAGUUUUGUGCUGGUUGCAUUUACGAAUGGAAUUCAUUGGAUUCGAAAUGUUCCAAGUGUCGUUGGAGCGCUGUAGAUAUCACACGCGAAGCCACUUUGAACUCAAUAAUUGAGCAGUACCUCAUUGCAUUUCCAGAAAAACGACGAGAUAAGGCGCAACUAAUAGAACUAGACGAACGAGAAUUGAAUCAUUUGGAGCAGUGGGAAAGAAAGCGGGACUCCGACGAAGGGGAUUGUGAUAUGAUAUGA